CAUUGUCCGGUUUCAGUCGGGAGCUGAUGUCCGUGCAGUAACAACGCAUAUCGCAAGCUCUAUAACAGGUCUUURCAAACAUUCGUCAGCUGUCAAUAUGUUAACGGAAAUUGAGGAAUUGUAUAACUUCAUUUACCCGCUGGCGCAGCGCGCAGGCGAUAUACUGAUCGAGGGCUACAAUCGCACGGAGAAGAAUGUGGACAUUAAGGGCGCAUUCUAUGAUGUGGUCACCGACUAUGACAACAAGAUCGAGGAGUUUCUGAUGGGCGAAAUCUUAGCCAAAUACCCGUAUCACAAGUUCAUUGGCGAAGAGGACACRGCCAAGAAUAAUAAUGUCUCUAAAGAGCUGACAGAUGCGCCCACUUGGAUCAUCGAUCCCAUUGACGGCACCUCCAAUUUCAUUAAACAAAUCCCACACGUUUGUGUCUCGAUCGGGCUGGCAAUCAAUAAGCAAAUCGUGCUGGGAGUUGUGAAUAAUCCAGCCCAGGGCAAGCUCUAUACAGCGAAACUGGGUCAAGGCGCCUUCUGCAAUGGCAAGCCCAUUCAUGUGAGCGARUGUGAGMGCUUGCGGGAUGCCAAUGUGGCCUAUGAGGUGUCCCUGUUGCAUGUGCAUAAUGUGGCUAACAAGCAUAUCAAACGCAUCUACCAUGUGGGAUUGCAUGCCAGACGCUUGUUGGCCUACUCCUGUGUCGUGGAUGAGCUCUGCAUGGUGGCUGCCGGCAAUUUGGAUGCCUUUUAUAUUGAGGACAUGUAUCCUUGGGAUUGUGCCGCUGGCUCAUUGCUGGUGAGUGAGGCAGGCGGAGUAGUCACACAUCCCUUCGGAGGACCUUUCGAUAUUAUGAAACCAGAUUUGAUUUGUGCCGGCACCGAAAAAUUGCGCAAAGAAAUCGAGAACCUGCUCCGCAAAGCAGAUCAGGAGCGCUCUGUUGGCGGCACUGACCCUUAGAAUCUACUCAAAAUAUAUUUAUAAAACCCGUUCAACAAAUAAAGUUCUGACGAAA